UGCAGUGUGGUUGCUUUCCUUGAGUUGGGUGUGUGCAACCAUCGGGUGGCGCUGUAAGUGCUCUGCUCCUUUACUCGUUACUUCCCGUUUCUCGGUUUUCUGGUGAAAUUAUGGCGGCUGCUGGGUUCGCUUUUCCUCGGCUUGGUUUAAACAGCCGUUCGGAGAAUAUCCUGACCCGUGUCCGACGGGGGCAGUUAACUGGCUUUGGCCUUACUCGGGGAGCACAGGUCACAGAGGAGCUAUUGAAACAAAGAGAUAAACAAGCAAAAUGGAACCGUAUACCCCAACUCUUGCACAGACUGUAUGAGAGCAGCCACCUGAACAGUGAUUUGUCUCAGUGCCAAAGUAUCCUGAAGGAAAUUUCUCCUCUUCUAUCCAUGGAAGCCAUGGCUAUUGUAACAGAAGAUAAGAAGAGUAAUCAUGAAUUCCCAUUUCCCAACACUUACACUUUCGACUUGUUUGGUGGAGUGGAUCUGCUUGUAGAGAUUCUUAUGAGACCGAGUCUUCUCCCCCCAAAAAAGAAGCAGAAAGUCAGCGAUGAUUUGGUCAAGGAUUGUUUGAGCAUCCUAUACAACACCUGCAUAUGUACUGAAGGCGUUACUAAACGUUUGGCAGAACGAAAUGACUUUGUGCUGUUUCUGUUUACCUUGAUGACCAACAAAAAGACCUUCCUUCAAACAGCUACUCUCAUUGAGGACAUUUUGGGAGUAAAAAAGGAGAUGAUUCAGCUGGAAGACAUCCCUAACCUUGCCAACUUGGUGUCUAGCUUUGAUCAGCAGCAGCUGGCAAAUUUUUGCCGGAUCCUAUCUGUUACCAUCUCAGAACUGGAUACUGGGAAUGAUGACAAAUACACACUCCUUGCCAAAGAUGCCCAGCAGAAAAAGACGCUUAACCCUUCCAGAGCUGAAAUAAACCAAGCAACUCUGCUUAACAUCCCUGGAUUCAUUGAAAGGUUGUGCAAGCUUGCCACAAGGAAAGUUUCUGAGUCCACGGGCACAACCAGCUUCCUGCAAGAGUUGGAGGAGUGGUACACAUGGUUAGAUAACGCCCUGGUGCUGGAUGCCUUAAUGCGAGUGGCUAAUGAAGAAGCAGAUCAGAGUGGCACAGAAUCUUCAGAUGAGAGCAAUCUUGCAAACCCUACAUCCAGGACCCAGCUCCCUCAAUCGAUGAAGAUCAUGCACGAGAUCAUGUACAAGGUUGAAGUGCUAUAUGUGCUCUGUGUCUUGUUGAUGGGGCGGCAGAGGAAUCAGGUUCAUAAAAUGAUAGCAGAGUUCAAACUCAUACCUGGCCUGAAUAAUCUGUUUGACAAGCUAAUUUGGAGGAAACAUUCUACAUCUACUCUUGUUCUUCAUGGACACAACCAGAAUUGUGACUGCAGUCCGGACAUUUUGGAUAGAAUUAAGUCUCUCAAGCUAGCUAAUUCUUUUAAAGAUCAUCACCGGAACAAAUACCUGCUUCUGAACAGCCAAGAGCUGAAUGAACUCAGUGCUAUAUCACUUAAAGCCAAUAUUCCAGAAGUAGAAGCUGUUCUUAAUACAGAUAGGAGUUUAGUUUGUGAUGGGAAGAAAGGCCUGUUAACGAGACUACUCCAGGUCAUGAAGAAGGAACCUGCUGAAUCUUCUUUCAGGUUUUGGCAGGCCCGGGCUGUAGAAAGUUUCCUCCGUGGGGUUACAUCCUAUGCUGACCAGAUGUUUCUUCUGAAAAGAGGCCUUCUAGAGCAUAUACUUUAUUGCAUAGUGGACAGUGAAUGCAAGUCACGGGACGUACUUCAGAGUUAUUUCGACCUACUAGGAGAGUUAAUGAAAUUCAACAUUGAUGCUUUUAAAAGGUUUAACAAAUAUGUGAACACAGAGGAGAAGUUUCAGAUUUUUCUGAACCAAAUUAACAGCUCCUUGGUGGAUUCUAACAUGUUGGUACGGUGUAUUGCUCUGUCUCUCGACCGGUUUGAGAGCUUAUCAGAUGACAUAAAAGUUGCAGAAGUUCUUUCAGAAUGUCGCCUACUAUCCUACAUGACUCAGGUGUCAGCCAGAAUGUCCUUUUUAUUUCGGUUAAUUAACAUCAUCCAUGUACAGACAUUAACACAGGAGAACGUGAGCUGUUUGAAUACAAGCCUUGUCAUCUUGAUAUUGGCCAGAAGGAAAGGUCGGUUACCCUGCUAUUUGCACACAAUUCGAGACAUGGAGUACUUAGAAAAAUACCCUGGAUUUAUCCUGAACAAUUUCCAUAGUCUGCUACGGUUCUGGCAGCAACAUUACCUCAACAAGGACAAGGACAGCACCUGCUUGGAAAAUAGUUCAUGUAUAAACUUCAGCUACUGGAAAGAGACUGUAUCAGUGCUUCUGAGUCCAGAUCGGACAUCACCCUGUGCAAUAGUAAGCUACAUUGAUGAGGCAUAUAUGGACAUUGACAGAGAGUUUUCUGAAGACUGAACUACUUGCUCUUUCUUGCUCUGUACGGACAAAUGCAGAUGAGUAUUUCACAGGGAGCGGAUAUUCAGGGAUUUGCCGUGUUGGGUGCGUGUUCAAGUUGGAAUGUUGAAUACAUACUGACUGCCUCGUUAACUUCUCCAGCAUCGGUCAGCUGGCUCCACCCUCCAGAAUAUACUACAUCUGUGCAAUACAUUCAGGGACACUGUCGUCAACGGAUAAAAAGUUCCAAUUUCCCCUCUCAUUGGACAAAUGUUUUAUUUUUAUGUCAACAUAAACCUAAAGGUAUCUUGCGUUGAGACAUCUAAGGUGCACGGAAUUAUGUCUCUCCUGUGGAUAACCAUACCCAAUACAAUAAAAGGACUUUCUUCAUUUUCACAUUAUUUUGAAUAAAGCUGCAAUGCUUUUUCUGAUGUA